GCGACAGAAAGCUAAUAAUUUAUUCAUCUUCCGAUUUUGCAGAUUAUUUUAGAUUAGUGUUUCAUCGUUCUUAUUUUUUGGAUAAUCGCAUUUUUGAAUGUAAAAGGAUCAAAUAUCUAUAGCUAAAUGGUUGUGAAUAUGUGUGUUCAGUUUUAAUUGUAUUAUUUUUCUUUUGCAAUCAUAAUGAAGUUAGUGAACGAAAAACGUCAAAGUUUGGUUAGGGCAGGUCAAUUUAGGUUAUUUCCUCUUUCUGUUUUUUGCAAAGAUUUAAUUACAAUUCAUUGUAUAGAAACUGCGGCUUUAAUAAUGUAAAAUAUGUAUGAUAGUCCUUGAUUUGAUGAGAUGCUUCCGUUUUGGAAAAAGACACUACAAAAAAACAAAUCACCCUUAUCAUCUCCUGGGAAAAAAGUAAACGGGAGUGUAGAAUCUCCGGUUGAAGCCUCAAAAUUCUUUGAACCGUGCUCCAGAGGUCCACUUUUCGACUUCAAAUAUGAUAAUGAAGACGUGCUGCAACAAAAAUCGCGACUGCUGCCCACGUUCCGCGAUGCUCUUGACGACAGACUGGCGCAGUCGUUCUUCAUGCAAUACCUGGAGGCGAGAGGCUACGCCUCGCUGCUCAACGCACUACACGAUCUCAAGAAGCUUCUGAGACCAGCUCAGAGAUCAGCUGUGAGUCAUGAGGCCGCAACAGCUGUGAGUGGGUCGGCAACAGCUGUUGGCCGAGGUGCCAUCACUAGAACUAGAAGCAACGAUGCGGUGAGCUUGGUGAGCGAAGGGAACCUGGCUGGCUCGGCGAGAGUACGGUGCGUCAGUGAGUCCGGAGAUCAGCCCGCCAACUCCGCUAACAGGAUUUGGCAGAGGUAUUUGGCAGAAGAUGCCCAGGAACAUAUUCGAGUUCCGGAGGAGCUUCGUAGUUGUGUGCAUGCGUCAAGGUCACACCCUGACGCGCAAGAGCACGCACUGCACAGGUUACACGACCAUGUACAAACUACCCUAGAAAAAGACUUGUGGAACGAGUAUGUGUCGAGUGAAUGGCACGUCAAGUACCAAGUAGAAGUGCUGACUAGCAGAAACAUUAACCUCGCCGAUAUCCUACAUCACAAUACGGCACUUACGUCGUUCAUUGAGUUCCUGGAGCAAGAAGGCUGUCAGUACAUCAUAGAAUUUUGGCUGGCGGCAACAAACUUUGAAUCUCUCUCGCAGUGCGACGACAUCGAUCCUCUUCAAGCUCAGAAUGAUGCUAUGAUCAUCUAUGAUAAGUACCUGUCGCUGCAAGCUCUGUGCCCUCUGGGCGUGGCGGACUCAGUGCGCUGUGAUGUGGAGCAGAACAUCUGUCGCGAGGAGUCCCUCCGCCCCGCUCCCGCCUGCUUCCGCCCCGCGUUGCGGUUGGCGCUCGGAUACCUGCAGACGGUUUGGUUGCCCGCAUUCGUCUGCUCGCAGCACUAUGUGGUUCUAUUGGCGGAACUGCUGCGUAGUUCUGGCGGUGUUGGCAACAGUGGGGCAGGGGGCAGUUCUGCGCAUGCGCACAACGCCAGUCCGAGUCCGGCUUCCAGUGUGACCGAUCUGAGUGGCUGCGGGGAGGGGGCCGCCAUGCUCAGGAGGGACCGCGACCCCGACUCCAUAUGGAAGCGGAGGAGGCAGGCUUGUGGUCUUAGUAUUGGCAGAAUAGAUCAGCUGGGUCGGUUUGAAACAGACAUGGAAUUGGGCUCCGAUCGAAAGUCAGAAUCUCGAAUAAGCAGAGUAGUGAAGAAACUAGUGAACAAAGACGAAGGAAAGGCGCAAGAAGACAUGGCAUGGCGUAUAGCCGAGAUGAUAGUCAAAGAUGUGACCGACAUCACCAUGGGUGGAGGGGCGGGACUGAGCGACGAUGACGAUUAUGACGUCACGUGACCGAUGACGUCAUCAACCCUCUCUCCUACCACCCCCAUCGUGCUGCUACCAUCACCCUCCGCCUCACUGUGAAGUACCUUCCAAAAGUUAUACUAUUAUUAUACAGAUUAGACUUGCUGAAGUGAUAUUCAUUUUAUACAGUCAACAUUUGCUGAAUGGGAAGCAUUGGUGUAGGCCUAUGCGAAAUGCUGACAGUUAAAACUGAAUCUCACUUGUUAUCUGGUGGAGGCAGUAGUUUUUUCAAUCAAAAUCUUAUCGUAUUAUCUAUGAAUUUUAAGUCAAGUAUGUAGCAGUUAUUUUAAAAUUGAUUUACCUUAUUUCACCAAAUUAGAUGUUUUUAUUAAUUAGCUUCAUUAUCAUUAUUAACUACUAUUUCAUAAAUGUAUGGUUGCGUUUAUUAUGUGUUUAAUUGAUGGUUCAAACCAACUGGUGAUCUAUCCCCGUUUAAACCAUAAUGGGCCACAAUCAUACGAAUAUUUUAACCCUUUAAACUAACAAAUUUGAGUUCAUUACUUGACAAAUGAUAUUAUGUCACAACAAAGAGACAGAUUGCAUUAAUUAUUGUAAAAUAAUUACAAUAAAAUAUUACUAAUUUGUAUAAGAGAAGAUGUUGUGGUAAUUCUCCAUAAUUGAAAUUAUUAUAGAAUGAGGCGUUGAACCAACCUAUAUACAAUUAUUUUCUGUCUACUCAAUAUGGAUAUAGGAAUAUUAUUCAUAAGUUACAAUUUCACACACCCAACCUGAAAAGGUUAAGGUAAUAAUAAUAAUAAUAAUAAUAAUAAUAAUAUAAUAAUAAUAUUUUAUUCUCAACACAAGUAUAACAAAAACAAUGUAAUACAGUUGAAAAACGUCACAGAUAAAUAACAUAAUAACAUAAAAUAUCAAUCUUAAAAUAAAACUCUAAUAACAUUUAACAAUUCAUUCAAUUUAGAUAAUAAUUUUUUCACUCUAACAAGAAUUCGUCAACCUCAUAGAAAGCCUUCUCACUGAGAAAAUAAUAUAGUUUUGUUUUGAAUUGUUUUUCUUCAACAAUACUUCUCAAAUCAGCCGGAAGUUUCGCAAAAAACUUUUGUCCCCUAUAAGUAGGUGUUUUCUCAAAUACACUCAGCCUUUGUCUCUCAACUGAAAUGUUAUUCCUUCCUCUAGUGUUAUAGCCAUGAAUAUCUGAGUUAACUUGGAAUGAAUUCAACCUAUCCUUCACAUGUAAUAUUGAUUUGAAAAUGUACAAUGAUGGAACAGUUAAAAUACUUAGGCUACUAAAAGACUCCCGACAUGUCUGUGGAAAUUUGAGCCCUUCCAGGUAUCUUAUUGCGGACUUUUGCAGAACAAAAAUUCUUUGAAUGUUUUGCUUCGAGGUACUCCCCCAUAAUUCAAUGCCAUAAGUAAUGUGGGAUUCAAUCAGUGCAUAGUAGACACUUUUUGCUGUUGUUUUAGGCACCCGUUUAACAAUAUUUCUAAAUGCAAAAAGUGACCUACUCAAUUUCAAUGAUAUCUUGUUUACAUGAUCCCCCCAAUUAAGCUUGGAAUCCAUCGACAAACCUAACAUGUUCACAACAGUACAACUUUCAAUGUUCGUUUCACCAAGUGUUAUGGUGGGGUGAAAAGGACGAUACUUAUAAUCAAAGCUGAUGACAUGACUUUUGUUUGAAUUUAUAGUGAGGUCUGAAUCAUUAAAAAACUGCACAACCUCAUUUGCCAUGUUAUUUACUAAAGGGGGAAUUUAUAUAGCCUCAUAGCUGGAAAUCAUAAUGGCCUCAUCUCAAUAAUUUCAAGUUUAAAUUGGAUAUGAUCUAUGUUCUCAGAUCAUGGUUUUCAUGCUAUGAGGCUAUAUAAAUUCAUCCCCCUUUAGUACAUUAGGUACCUUAUUAGGUUGAUUAUGUAAAAUUGUAACUUAUGAAUAAUAUUCUUAUAUCCAUAUUGAGUAGAUAGAAAAUAAUUGUAUAGUUGGGUUCCAUCACCAGUACCCACCUAAAUGUCAUGCUAGAUAUAAUUUUAAUCAGACAUUUAUUAUAAAUGAAACAUUACAUGAUCUCUGUCCUUAUAGAAGUCAAUUUUCAAAAUCAUUAAGGGAGAUACAAUCACUAGUAGGCUACCAACCCAAUUUAAAUAUAAAUUUUAAUUUACAAACUAUUUUCAACCUAAUUUUAUUGCAUAAUUAUCAUAAUUUUAUUCAUCAACACAAACAAUUUUCUAUUUUACUUCCUUUUUAAAGCCUCAGCACAUAACCUAAAAUGAAAUUUCCUGUUCCUUAAAUAAUAACAAUCAGUGGCAGGUGAAGCCAUGUAACCUAGUUCUGUAAUUUAAAUUGAUUGGACAAACAUAGUGGAACAAAUAGUGGUAUUAUAAUCAUCAACGUCAACUUGUGGGAUAGUGUCAAGCAACAGAAAUAGCCGAAUUUCUUAUUAUCUUUUAUCAUUGGUGUCAUCUUCCAUGUACUCAUCACGAAAUACUCAUUCAUUCUACCGUAUGUAUGAUUAUUUAGGAUGUUGUAUUUUGUAGAUUCGCCACUAUUCCCUCUCUUCUUUUUACUUCUGCGAUUGCUAGGAUCAACAAUUCUGUCACUCACUUGAUUGUUUUUACCCUCAUAAUUAUGUCAACCUCAUCCUUUUAUCCAUCCUCAAGCAAAAACCCUACAUGGUAGGGUAUCGUUUAUGCUUUACUAUAGCCACACUUUUAUUAUAAGCUUUUACUAUGCCCGCCAAACACCCCUCCCCCCAAAUAAAAUCCAUGUUGGCAAUCUCACUAGGUCAGGUCUGAAGGGGGGAGUGGCAAAAUUUUCACGCUAUCCUAAUGCUCAAUAUCUCAGCAUUAUUUGUUGAAGAAUCAAAUGAUUACAUCAUUUGAAACAUCACCCUCUCUUGGUGCUGUAAAUAGGACAUGGGAGUCGACGCCAAAUCGCUCUUGCAGAGUGGGCGUUUAGAGACGCGUUUUCCCUAGCAAACACAUUAAUAGCAGCAAUAAUCGACAAUUAUGUCACUCAUUUGGUUGAUAUCCUCAUGCAGUUAUUGAUCUUCUUCUUCUCUAUACCUAGUCUUUCCAUAGUCCGCACACUGCAUGAGAAUGGCACAAAACUUAGUCAAUGGAAACGUGCCAUUCUAGAAAUGAAUGACAGUUAUUGAUGUUCAAGCAAAAACCCAACAUGGAAGGGUAUCGGGUAUGCA